UGAGCCAGCUCGGAGCGGUGGCUGCUGGGUUUUCGGGUGAUUGUCCGGCACCUGUGCCAAUCACAGUGUCUGUAGGAGGAGUUGAAGGACUCGGAGGUGUGUCUGAAGAAAACGACUCUCCAGCUGCACAGUGUUUCCAACUCCGGGAGUAAUGGUAUGAUUACUGCUUUACGCUGUUUAGACAAGCUGUACGGUGCUCGGUUGUUUUCCCGCCCUUCCUCUGCCGGUUACUGCUCCCACGUUAGUCACACUUGGAACCGCCGAGCUCCGAGAGACGAGGCGUAGAAGAGUCGAACAACCUGCAAAACUUAGUCACAAGCGGCCAAAGUCCCUCAAACUUACUAGCAGGAGAAGAGGUUUUUACUCGUAGACGACUCACCCCCCCGUGACUUGUUUCAGUGGAGGAUACGCCGCUGGACAUGUGAAUUUAAAGGAGAUAGAUGCCAAGCACAACAAUGAACCCAACGAGUGUCCUGUGUGGCUUCGGCUUUUUCCUCAGUUGCCUGGUGCUCGGGUCCGGUUCUUCUCAGUCAGUAUGCGCUGGUACAGAGAACAGGCUGAGCACGCUGUCGGACCUGGAACAGCAGUACCGCACCCUGAGGAAAUACUACGAGAACUGUGAAGUCGUUAUGGGCAACCUUGAGAUCACGAGCAUCGACCGUAGCAGGGACCUGACUUUUCUCAGGCAAAAGAUGUUUGCUGGUCUGUUUAAGAACCAUGUGUCCACCUGA